AUGGAUAAGAGUUGGAUGCUACUUAGGGAUAGGAUGAGUUCCCAGUAUCGAGAUGGGGUGAAGGCUUUUGUUCAAUUUGCAAUGAUGAAUGUAGAGCCAAAUGAUAAGAUUCGUUGCCCAUUUGUGAAAGGGAUGUCUCCUUCUUAUAAGACUUGGGUGCAUCACGGGGAAUCUGUUCCCAUGAAUCAAUCUCAUGCAUUGAAUAAUGACAACCACAAUGACUUUGGAAGUGUUGGGGAUAGAAUGGAAGAUGAGGAGGACGGUGAUAAUGACAAUGACAAUGACGAUGAUGUGGCUAACAAUGUUGAAAAAGAGGGCGUGCCCAACUUUAACAAAUUGUUGAAUGAUGCUCAAAGAGAGUUGUACCCUGGGUGUCAUAAGUUUUCUCCUUUAUCAUUUGUUGUUAAGAUGCUUCAUGUGAAGGUGUUGAACAAGUGGAGCAAUAAGUCUUUCAACAUGUUGUUGGGGAUAUUAAAGGACCUUCUACCGGUAAGUGAUCAAGUGAUUCCAUGGACCCUUUAUGAAGCCAAAAAAUUCUUACGUGCCUUAGGCUUAGGAUAUGUGUCGAUUCAUGCAUGCAAGUAUGAUUUUGCACUUUUCUGGAAAGAGAAUACAAAUUUAGAGAAUUGUCCGAUUUGUCAAGAGUCUAGAUACAAGUUGAAUUAUGGAAAAGGUAAAAAAGUUCCUCACAAGACCUUAAGAUACUUCCCGUUGACAUCAAGGUUGCAGAGAUUAUAUAUGUCGAGAAAAACAACAAUAGAUAUGAGAUGGCAUAAAGAGAAACGAGUAGAUGAUGGGAUAUUGAGACACCCGGCUGAUGGUGAGGCAUGGAAGGAUUUUGAUAGGCAACAUCCUUCGUUUUCCCGAGAGAGUCGAAAUGUGAGGUUAGGGUUGGCCACUGAUGGUUUCAAUCCUUUUGGAAACAUGAGCAACUCGUACAGUAUGUGGCCUGUGAUUGUUAUGCCUUACAACUUGCCUCCUUGGAAAUGUAUGAAACAAGCAUUUAGUAUGCUGUCAUUGCUUAUCCCUGGACCACAAGCACCAGGGAGAGAUAUCGAUGUUUACAUGCGACCAUUAAUUGAUGAGUUGAAGGAGUUGUGGAAAGAUGGUGUGCUUACUUAUGAUGCCUCAAUUGAAUUAAGUUUUCAAAUGCAUGCAGCUAUUAUGUGGACAAUUAAUGACUUUCCUGCAUAUGGAAACUUGUCAGGAUGGAGUACGAAAGGGUAUUUGGCUUGUCCCACCUGUAACAAAAAUGCUUCCUCACAACAGUUGAAAGGUAAGAUAAGGUACACAGGCGCUCGUCGUUACCUGCCUGAUGACCACCCUUGGCGAAGGAGUCGACUUUAUAAUGGUAAGACUGAGUUCCUGUCAAGACCUUUAGAGUUAUCAGGUGAACAAAUCUUAGAACAAUUGGAUUCAGGGACAUUCAAACCAUUUGGAAAGUAUCCAACCAAUAAGAAAAGAAAAAGGGAAAAUCCAGUAUUGAAUUGGACAAAAAAAAGCAUCUUCUUUGAGUUGCCAUAUUGGAAAACACUUAAACUCCGACAUAACCUCGAUGUUAUGCACAUAGAGAAGAAUAUAUGUGAUAGUUUGCUUGGAACAUUACUGAGUAUAGAUGAGAAGAACAAAGACACAGAAAAAGCACGCAUGGAUUUGGAAGAUAUGAAAAUAAGGAAGGAGUUGCACUUAAAAACGCCCCCAGCAUUGUACACUUUGUCCUCAGAUGAAAUAUAUGGUUUUUGUGAGUUUUUAAAGUCAAUUAAGUAUCCUGAUGGUUAUGCAGUAAACAUCUCAAGGCUACUCGGAACUUUAAAAGGAUAUGUUGCAAAUCGAGCUCGUCCAGAAGGUUCGAUCACAGAAGCUUAUGUUGUCAAGGAGUGUCUCACAUUUUGCUCAAUGUAUCUAGGUGGGAUUGAAACUGUAUUUAAUCGAGAGGAACGGAAUGUCGAUGUUAGUGUGCAUGAGUCGGGGAUAGAGGUCUUCGCGCAAAAUGUUCGUCCUUUUGGGCUAAUUACAAGGGUUUCUAACGUGUCUCAAAAAGAAUGUGAAAUGGCUCAUUGGCAACCCAAGAAUCUUUUAGAAAAUGAAGGUGUACGUGACAUCACAAAUAGACAGAAAAAGGAAUUCCCCAAGUGGUUCAAAGAACAUAUGAACCAAUUACGAGCUCAAGGAUUACCAGAAGCAACUAAUGAUUUGUGGUCAUUAGCAAAUGGUCCUAGUGUGAAUGUUAACUUGUAUUCAGCUUGCAUUUCCAAUGGUGUUCGAUUUCAUAGUAAGGAUCGUGAUAGUAGUCAUAAAUGCCAAAAUAGUGGGUUAGUUGUGGAAGGGGAGCAUGAGAGACAAACAAUUAACUUUUAUGGGUACUUGAAUAGAGUGUGGGAGAUGCAUUACAUACUUGGACAUCGAGUUGUUUUAUUCCAAUGCAAAUGGUUCAAUACCGGUAGCAAUAGAACAUUACAUACCGAUACACAUUGCACAAGUAUUGAUGUUAGAAGUCGAUGGUAUAAAGAUGAUCCAUUUGUCUUACCAAGUCAUGUGAAACAAGUUUUUUACGUUGAUGAUACAAAGUUAGGCGGACAUUGGAAAGUCGUAGAAAGACUACAACAUCGAGGAAUAUGGGAUGUACCAGAACAAGAUGGCUUUGAACCUGAAAAUGUAUUGCAACAAAAUGAAACAACUGAUGCUGUCCCAGUGAGCGUUGAAGACCCCGUGACAAUCUCACUUCAUAGGAAUGACAUUGAUCCUCAAAUUAUCCCAAGUGAGGUGGUUUUACAAUCAGUUAAUCGAGCACACAACGAUGGUGUUGAUGAGGAAGAGGGGUGCGAUAAUGAAGAUGAUUACUACGAGCAUUGA